CGCAGAUUAAUUCAUUUCUGCACCAAAGGAGCGAUUUAAUUUAUCUAAAGAAAUAAAAAGAAAUAAAUCAAAAAGAAAGAAAGAAAGAUGCUGGCGCUGCUGGGGUGUGCGGUGUCCCACGUGUCAUCACGGUCGCCCAUCCGGACGUACAAGAAAUCCGGCAGCCUGAUGGAGGAUCUGGAGAAGUCCAUGUUCUCCGCCCGAAGCAGCGCCGCGUCGACGGGAUGUCUCAACGGCGGCGCCGACACGAAGCCGUCGUCGCAGGAUCAGCAGUCGGCCGCGGCAAACAACAAAGUGAUGGUUGUGGUCAACCAUAGCCCGGAAGCCGAACACGCGCUGCAGUGGGCUCUCACCCACACUAUCCAAACCCAUGAUGUUGUCGUUCUCCUCCACGUCACCCGCCCCUGUAAACAAGGUGGGAACUCGAACAGUGAACACAAUAAUGUGAGGGCCGGCCAUGACGUUCUUUGUAAAAUGGAGAGCAUUUGUCAAGCAAUGAGACCCGGGGUUCGGGUGAACUGUGUGCUGCAACAAGGGAAGGAGAAGGGGAGUGUGAUAGUGGAAGCAGCGAAGCAGCAGGGAGUGAGCCUGCUGGUUUUGGGCCAGAAGAGAAGAUCCAAGCUGUGGCGCCUCCGCAUGGCCUGGUCCACUCGGAGGGCCCAAUCUAAGCUCAUCAACCACUGCAUCCAUAACGCCGCCUGCAUGACCAUCGCCGUCCGCCGCAAGAACCGAAAACACGGCGGCUAUUUGAUCACCACCAAGAGCCACAAGAACUUCUGGCUUUUGGCUUAAUAAUCUUACCCAUUCAUUCUUUCAUUCAUACAUACAUAUAUAUUAUAUCAUCAUUUUUUACUACCAAUCCCAAUCCAAUGCUUUCACAUAUACAUAUGCAUGCAUCUACUAUAUAAUUUUGUGCAUUUUUGUAUUAAUUAAUUAAGAGAUACCUA